CCAACUUUGUGUUCCACACUUUACUUAAGGUCUCUCGGGUCUCUAUUUGUCGUACUCGUUUGUACCCAAUCUCCAACGUCCUCUCUUCGCUUAUUUUCAAAAAAAAAAUGUCGCCGUCCUUUUCCUCCGGCCGUUUCUCCGUCGCUCUCUUCCUCGUCAUCUCCGCCGUUCCCAUCGCUUACCUCAUUUCCCUCGAGCGAGCCGUCCCCUCGACGCACGUGUUCUCUUACCAGAGCUCCGGCUUCUUCCGCGAGUGCGCUAAAUGGGACGACGCUGGCCGGAGAUUCCUCGUCUCCUUCAUGGACGGAGGAGGAAUCGGCGAGGUCGUUCCUUCCGACGGCGGUAACAGCGACGACGUUCUUCGGGAAAUCACUUUGGUCAAAGACGUUGACCUCGCCGGAAACGCUUCACUAGGAAUCGUCAUCGACCGCCGCAGGAACCGUCUCCUCGUAGCUGUAGCCGAUUUGCUUGGAAACCGUUAUAGCGCUUUAGCUGCCUAUGAUAUGUCCACGUGGCGCCGCGUCUUCCUUGCUGAGCUUAGCGGCCAGAGUGGAGAGAGAUCGUUUGCGGACGAUGUAGCUGUUGAUGCACAAGGCAAUGCUUAUGUUACGGAUGCAAAAGGCAGUAAAAUAUGGAAAGUUGAUGUCAAUGGAAAGAUUGUGUCGACCAUUGAGAGCCCUCUCUUCACUCCACCUGGAUGGUACAAUAACCUCGUCGCUCUUAACGGCAUUGUUUAUCACCCUGAUGGUUUCCUUAUCGUCAUCCACACUUUCUCCGGUUUAUUAUACAAAAUCGACCUGACUGCUGCUGAUGGGGAUGAUAGUAAUAGUAAGGUCUCUGUCGUUGGAGUUACUGGUGGCACGUUGAGGUUUGGUGAUGGGCUUGAGUUGUUGUCUCCCACUAAGAUUGUUGUUGCAGUGUUUUCAGGUAGUCCUUCUGCGAAAUUGGUUGAGAGCUCGGACGGGUGGCGGACAGCUACUGUGACAGGUUGGUUCAGUACCGGUAUGGUUCACCGGAUAGUCUCGUCAGCUACUGUGAAGGAAGGAAGAGUUUAUCUAAACCACAUUGUUGGGUUUGGCUCUAAGAAGAGACACAUACUUGUUGAAGCUGUGUUUUAGACUCUGUUUAGUGUUAAUCUCUUCUUAAGCAGUAUCUGCUAAUGAUCUCUUUUAUGAUUCUAUUAAAAUUUGAUGUAAAGCCUCUCUUUAUCAACUUUCAUUUAAUCUCUAGUAUACAAUCAAUCAUUAACAUC